ACGACCAAGACACAAAAAAUCCAAGUUCAUAACAACUAAAGAGGAACUCAGUCGAAUACGGUUAUCUCGACAUAAAAUUGAAAGAUGGUGCCACAUGCCAUACUUUAAAAAAGUUGUUGUUGGUUGUUAUGUGAGAAUUGGUAUUGGUAACCAUGAAGGUCGUCCAGUUUAUAGGGUUGCAGAAGUCGUCGAUGUUGUGGAGACAGCAAAAAUCUACCAGCUUGGCACCACCAAAACAAACAAGGGGCUGAAACUAAGGCAUGGAGGAGCCGAGCGUGUUUACCGCUUGGAGUUUGUCUCCAACCAAGACUUCACAGACACAGAGUUUACCAAGUGGAAAGAUGCCAUGGAGCUGGGAAACCACCAGCUGCCAACUCUGGAUGACAUUCAGAGAAAGGAAGACGAUAUUAAACAAGCUCAUGAUUAUAAAAUGAAGGAUAAAGAUAUAGAAGAGAUAGUUGCAGAAAAACAGAAGUUCCGGAAAAACCCACACAAUUAUGCUGUCAGAAAAACAUCUAUCAUGAAAGCCAAGGAGCAGGCUGACCUUGAUGGAGAUCAAGAAAAGUCAGUAAAGUUGGCUCAAGAACUGGAAGAUUUAGAAGAAAGAGCCCAAGAGCUUGACAGACGGCGAACUUCAAAUAUUAAUUCAAUAAGUUACAUCAACCAGAGGAACCGGGACCGUAACCUGGUUGAAGCAGAGUCCGCCCUGAAAGCUGAGGUUGCCGAGAUGAGAAAUGCCACAGCUGACCCUUUCACUCGCCGUCAGUGUCGGCCAACUAUCGUGACAAGGGAAUCCACAACGGCAGCAGCUGCAGGUAUCCCUGGUUCUCUGCUAGUCCCCACAGCAAAGUCCAUGAAUGCAGAUGCAGUUCUGGUAAGUGAAUUAAAGUUAAAGUCGAGAGGAUCGACUUCAUUGUACCGUUCGGGUGGCAGAGCAGAUAUUACAGAGAGACGUACGUCUGAUGACCUCUUUGCUGUCCAUGACUUUGAUAUUAAAAUUGAUCUUGAUGUUCCAUCUGGAG